UGCAUCGGCUUGGCCGCCGCAGUGCUGCUGCUGCCGCUCAUCAUGAACGUCGCCGGGGCCGACGACCUCGCGUCGACGACGACUACAGCAACGCCAGGAUCGGCCGAUCGACAGAGAAUCGACGAUCUGAGGAACAGUAUUUUCCAAUCGCUCGGCCUCACGAGGAUACCGGAUUUGACCAGAGCGAACAUCAGCCAAGCAGAAUACGAACGAGCCCACAAGGAGUACUACCAUCUGACGCGCUCCCGCCGCAGUAUAACGAAUGAAGAGGAAGGCGAAGAGUCAAGCCACUACCACAGCACUAGGAGGAAGCUCUUCAGCGCCUACGCUCAGCAGAUUACGAGUACGGAGGAUGGCUCGGUGCUGAACUUUUCAUUGGAUAUCAACGAGUACGCACCUCCGCAGCUGGACUCGGCGACGUUGAGGCUACUUCUGGAUCACAACGAGGACGACCGUGAAGACGAUCGGUUAGAAAUUCGAGUCUACGACGAGGCGUUCAAUCUGUUGAGUCAAUUAUCGACGAACGAUCCGGGCAACAUAAGAAGACGUUGGCUUGAAUUUGAUCUCGGAGACGGUCUCGAAUUGACGGAAGAUCCGCUGAGGUUGAUGGUCCAAGUGCUGCGAAAGAAUCGGCAGAAGGACGACGCGAUCUACCACCGAAUCGAGAAGGCCGCCCUGAAUCUCCACACGAGCGAGCAGCCGCCGUCCUGGCUGACGGUGUUCCGCGGCAAGCGCUCGAUCGGCGGCGAGUCGUCGCGGCUGCCCUCGCUGCAUCGGGGCCGACGAACCGAGUGCCACGGCAAGGGGGCCAAGCGCUGCUGCCGCCACCACAUGAGCGUCACCUUCAAGGAGCUCGAGGGCUUCGACUUCAUCAUCCAGCCGAAGAACUUCGACGCGGGCUACUGCAAGGGUCGCUGCCCGCCGCGCUACAACCCGGCCCACCACCACGCCCUGCUGCAGAGCCUCAUCUGGAAGGAGGACAGACACAAGGCACCGAGGCCCUGCUGCGCCCCGAGCAAACUGGCCGAGCUCGAGAUCCUCUACUUCGACGAGGACGACUCGACCAAGCUCAAGGUGUCCAACUGGAAGGACAUGCGGGUGCUCGAGUGCGCCUGCUCCUGAAUUGCCAGAUUUUUUGUAUUAUGCUUGUUGCAAUGGGGAUCAGGCAUUGAAUUAUGUCGCAAUCCGACAGCUGCGUCACAAUUCCGAUUAUUGAGCGAUCCGCGCCGAUACGCGUCGACGUCGUCUCGGUUUACGAGUUGUGCUAAUGGGAUCCGACGAGCGACUUCCGAGCGGCACCAGUACGAAACGCGCACGGACAACAGAGAACGAUCGGUACGCGCCGAUUGAUCUUGCUCCGAGGACGAAGAAAAAAGACGCCGAGAUAAUAAGAACCAAUUUUCUGUGUACAUAUCUGUUUAUGUAUUUAUAACGUGUGCAUGCGCAAUGUCAGUGCUAAGCGAGUGCGUCUUUGCGUGUGUCUGUGUGUGGCUGUGUGCGAGGGAUAUAUAUGCGUAUACGACGAGUAUCGGUCAUUAUAUACGAGGAAUUCGCUACACAUGCUCUCGGCCGUCGCCCGCGCGCGCACUACGGUGAUUCACUCGAAAAUAAAAAGAAGAGCGACGUACGCGCAUUGGUUCCGUCCUAUAUGUACUUGCGAAACCUCUAAAAUUCAGCUCAACGAUACGGUCCUUAGCUCUUUUUUUCUCUCUCCUUUUUUUGUUCUUCUCUCUGCGCUCUGCUCGUUGUUGAGGAGCAGUAAAAUGAAGCGAACAUCCGUCACCGUAGUCUUGGCCACCGCGCUGCGGCGCCUACCUGUUGCCUACCUAUAUGUAUAUAUAUCUGUGGUGUAUGUACACGCGGCAUUUGCCACGGCAGUUAAUUUUUCGCGCGCCCACCAAAGUCUCGAGGAAGAGAUAAUAAAAAAAUAAAACAGUAUAUUAUACGCCUAGAUAUGUGCUCGCGACGCUUCCUUGGCUUUAUGGUGAACGAACGACUCGGCAGGAGAAAAUAAAAGGAAACGCACGCUCGUGUGCGAUAUAUCUAUAUCGACUACAACAAAAAAAAAAGGAGUGUAACAUACGUACCGUGUAAAUGCGAGCUCUCUUUUUCCUUUCUUUCGUUAAGUAUGCGCAGUGUGACAUUGUGCACAUGCCGCUCCAGAAUCGCUUGCCCGGCAUUUCACUCAUCUGUGAUAAUAAUUGUAUAUUAAUUUUUUAGUUAAGUUAUAAUUUCGCGCUCUAGGUUUAAGUCGUAUGAAUUUAUAUAUUACCUGUUUUUAUUGUAGAGAUCUUGUCUUGUUGGAGCGAAUCAAACGAUGUACAUACUUAUUAUGAAAUUAUCCGAUACCGAACUGUUAGAAUCGAAUGUAUUAUAAAAUAUUUAACGUAGCCUUAAUUUUGUAAGAUAUUUCUUUUGUACAUUUCGUAUUGUUAUGUAUACACAGCUGUCUGAGUGCAAGUCAACAAAUUGACUUGCAUAACAAACCUCCACUUUCCGAAUCGUCGAAUCGUGGUAAAUAUAACGCCGUCGAGUCGCUGAAACCACUUUUUUUAUUUCCUUGGAUGACUUAUUAUAUACACGAGCACGUCUGAAGACUCGCACUCGUAUUGAAUAUGCUCUUCAUUUUUUGUACUUUUUCAAACGAACGCUCGGUGAGAUUUCGAUGCUUUUUUACGACGACCAUUUUUUUAUGAAAUAGAAAACUUUUCUUCCUUAGCUUUUAAUUUAGCAUUACCCGGCUACAAUUAAGGCUAUAAUUAAUUAAUGUAAGAAUAAUAAUGAUGUGUAUCUGACUGACCUGGUACAUGUUUACUACUUUGUAUUAUAGUUUUGUAUUAUUUUCUUUAUAUUAGCUGUAGA